AUGUCCAAACGUGAUGUCCGAAUUGGCAAUGUUUCCGGUGCAACGGGUGACAGCCCACACGCCAUGCGUCGGAUGGCAGAAGACGGCGACGUGGACGUAAUUGUUGGUGAUUGGCUUUCAGAGAUGAAUAUUGCUUGGAAUGCCAUAGCCAAAGACCAAGAUCCAGCGCUAGGGUACGAACCGGGGUUUUUGACACAACUGACCCAGUCGAUCGAUGUCAUCGCCCAGAAGGGAAUCAGAGUCAUUACCAAUGCAGGGGCUUUGAAUACAGAGGGUUUGGCAGCCAAGGUUCAGCAAAUGUGCUACGAGAGAGGUCACGAAGACAUGGUUGUAGCGAUGGUUCUCGGUGAUGAUAUAUCGCAGACAGUGACCGAUUCCACGAAGCGCAAAAAUCUGCUCCAUCUCGAUCAUCCGGAGUGGGCACUCAAUGAAUGGGAGUUGGAGCCAUAUUCUGGAGUUGCGUAUAUUGGCGCUUGGGGAAUUGUGGAAGCGAUCAGAGCUGGUGCUGAUAUUGUCAUCUGUGGACGCGUUACCGACGCUUCUCCGGUGAUCGGCGCGGCCGCGUGGUGGCACGGCUGGGCGAAGGAUGACUGGGAUCAACUUGCCGGUGGUCUGGUUGCUGGUCAUCUGAUCGAGUGCGGACCCUAUGUGACAGGAGCCAACUUUUCCGGCUUCAAAGAUAUUCUGUCUCAACUGGUUGAUCUCGCUUUCCCUAUUGCAGAGAUUGCGAAAUAUGGAACUUGCAUUAUAACCAAGCCAGAGGCACAUGCCGGAGCCGUAACGAAGUACAACACCACUUCACAGUUCUUGUACGAGCUCCAAGGCGAACAAUACCUCAACCCAGACGUCGUUGCCAAUCUCCAUGACAUCUGUAUUGAAGAGAUCUCCUCAAAUCGAGUCAAAGUACACGGAAUCACUGGGUCACCUCCGCCACCAACCACGAAAGCAAUGAUCGCUGCCAAAGGCGGAUACCAGGCCGAGGCAACGUUUUACAUCAACGGGCUCGAUGUGUCUGAAAAAGUCGAGAUGAUGCGCAACCAGCUCCUCCACAUUUUCAAAGCCCACAACUUUAGCAAAUUUUCCAUCGAAAUGUACGGGUCUCCUGCAUCUAAUCCAACCAGUCAACAGGCCGGUACGGUCUUUCUUCGCGUCUUUGUACAAGCCAAGAAAAUGGAGGAUAUAUCUGCCGACAAAUUCAAAAUCCCAAUUUACGCCCUUCGAAUGCAAAGCUAUCCGGGGUAUCACAUGAAUCUUGAUUUCCGAACUAUGGACCCAAAGCCAUUCAUGGAGAUCUUCCCCGUCGUCGUGUCAAUGGCCUCUCUACAGCACGAAACUCACAUUCUGGGGUUUGGAACACGCCAAAUAAUCAAAAUCGACCCGCCUGCCGUCACAGCCAAGUAUCCAAUCAUCAGGAACUCAUACGAAACCACAAAUCCUCUUGACUUGACUAAAUUCGGACCCACACAACUUGCUCCCUUGGGAAGUAUAGUACACGCUCGAUCAGGCGACAAAGCCGAUAACUCGAAUAUUGGAUUUUUCGUGCGGAAUGCAGAUGAGUAUCCCUGGUUACAGUCAUUCUUAACAAUUGACCGAAUUAAGAUUUUGUUCGGGGAUGAUUGGACAAAAGGUGAAAACCACGCUGAGCGCAGGGUGGAGAGGUGCGAGUUUCCGAAUGUAUUUGCUGUUCACUUCCGAGUUUUGGACUUUCUGGAUGGGGGUAUUGCUAGCUCUAGCAGAAUUGAUGGACUGGGCAAGGGGAUUGGGGAGUACCUCCGAAGCAAGCUGGUUUCUGUUCCAGUGCGAUUUUUGGAUCGAGGGUGUAUCUAG